CCUCCCGGAGCCCGGCGGCAGCGCAGGGACUUGCCCGCCGGGGAAGCCGGCAAGGGGGGGAGGCGGCGGCACAUGACGUGUCUCCGUCAUGGAGCUCAGCGUGAUUCAUCAACAGCAGCGGCGCGCCCGGGGCGGGAUGCUGCGCCCGGUCCCCGCUUAGAGCCGGGCCAGGGGCGAGCCCCGCUCUCUGCCCUGCCGUCUCCUUGGCGCUGGGUGCAGCGUCCCUGGCGGAGCCAAGAUGGAAGAAAUCCUGAGGAAGCUGCAGAAGGAGGCGUCGGGGAACAAACACAAAGCGAUCAAGGAGAGCUGCGGCUGGGCCAUUGAAACUUUGGAAUCUUCUGAUGCUGCUGCUACCAAGAUCCCUCCAUACAAGCUGAGGGAGAAGUGUCUCCUUCCACUGCAGCUGGCUUUGGAAUCAAAAAACGUGAAGUUGGCCCAACAUGCUCUAGCAGGGAUGCAGAAGCUGCUGUCUGAUGAGAGAUUUGUAUCCGUGGAAACAGGCUCAGAUGAGAAGCAGCUACUAAAUCAGGUGCUGAAUGCCAUCAAAGUGACUCCUUCCCUGAAUGAAGACCUGCAGGUAGAAGUGAUGAAGGUUUUGCUCUGUAUCACGUACACCUCCACAUUUGACCUGAAUGGAAGUUCAGUGCUAAAGAUUGCUGAGCUGUGUUUUGCAUGUCACAAAGCUGGAAGCCCCCAAAUGCAUGAAAUGAUCAAAGUGUCCAUUGCUCACCUCUUCAGUACCCUGUGCUCUCGCAUUUUUGCUGGUGCAUCCCCACCAAUGACAUUUCACAAGGUUUGCAUUGAGACAUAUGUAUCUAGCUGUCACCAGCGGAGUAUUAACACCGCUGUGCGGGCAACCCUCAGCCAAAUGUUGAGUGACUUGACUUUACAGUUACGGCAAAAGCAAGAGAAUACGACAACUGAAAACCAUGAAGCCAUGCAAGAGUUCAAGAGCCAAGGUUCAACAGUAGAGUCCCUUUGCGAUGAUGUUGUGUCUGUCCUCACUGUGCUCUGUGAGAAGCUUCAAGCUGUCAUAAAUGAAAAUCAGCAACUGCAGCUUCUCUACCUGGAAUGUAUUCUCUCAAUGCUAAAUAGUUCCUCUCCCAGCAUGCACAAUCACAGAGGAUUCACUGACCUUAUUUGGAAGCAAUUGUGCCCAGCCCUUGUAGUAAUCCUGGGAAAUCCAAUCCAUGACAAAACAAUCACCUCUGCCCACAGUAGCAUCUGUCUCGAGGCCGAUUCACCCUCCUCAGGGGUCGCUGAUCAUGGCCGAGGGUCAGGUUGCUCCUCCACAGCACCCGCCCUCAGUGGCCCUGUUGCUCGGACCAUAUAUUACAUUGCAGCGGAACUGGUUCGAUUGGUGGGGUCAGUAGAAUCCAUGAAACCUGUGCUCCAGUCACUCUAUCACCGUAUGCUGCUGUAUCCCCCACCCCAGCACCGAGUGGAGGCCAUCAAGAUCAUGAAAGAGAUACUAGGUAGUCCACAACGGCUCCGUGAUUUGGCAGGACCCUGCUCCUCUGAAUCAGAAUCCAGAAAGAGGUCAAUCUCGAAAAGGAAGUCCCAUCUGGAUCUUCUCAAACUUAUCAUGGAUGGGAUGACUGAAGCUUGCAUAAAAGGUGGUAUUGAAGCAUGUUAUGCCUCCGUUUCUUGUGUCUGUGCCCUGCUCGGGGCAUUAGAUGAACUAAGCCAAGGGAAAGGCCUUAAUGAGGAACAGGUCCACCUGCUACUCCGACGCCUGGAAGAAUUGAGGGAUGGGGCUGAGACAAGCCGAGACUCCAUGGAGAUCAACGAUGCUGACUUUAGGUGGCAAAGGCGCAUCCUGUCAUCGGAACGUACCUCCUGGGAAUCGAGAAAUGAGAAGAGUCCUGACAUUAGCAUUAGUGUUACCACAGAUACUGGUCAAACCACUUUGGAGGGAGAUAUGGGGCAGACUACUCCGGAGGAUAAUCCUGAAGAUCAAAAAAACUCUUUGCAGUCUCCAGCUGGCCAAGACUUUAAAGAGAUUGAGUGUAAAGAGCCAGAGUUGGAAACAACAGAGCAGCCAGAUGUGGUUCAAAGGAGUCACACCAUUGUUUAUCCAGAUAUAACUAAUUUCCUGUCGGUUGAUUGCAGGACACGGUCCUAUGGAUCCAGAUAUAGUGAAAGUAACUUCAGCGUUGAUGACCAAGAUAUUUCGAGGACUGAAUUUGACUCGUGUGAUCAAUAUUCCAUGGCAGCAGAGAAAGACUCUGGGAGGUCAGAUGUCUCCGAUAUAGGGUCUGAUAACUGUUCCCUGGCUGACGAAGAGCAGACCCCAAGGGACUGUCCAGGUCAUAGGUCCUUGCGUACUGCUGCUCUCUCUUUGAAAUUAUUGAAGAACCAAGAAGCAGACCAGCACAGUGCCCAGCUGUUUGUACAGUCCCUUGAAGCCCUUCUUCCUCGGCUUAUAACACUCCAUAGUAUAGAGGAGGUGGAUUCAGCGCUCCAGAAUUUUUCAUCGACCUUCUGCUCAGUUAUUCACCUUAUCCACGCCCCCAAAGUGACGUCAAUGGAAAGUCCAAGGAAGCAGCAGCACAGAACUUUCAAACCCUCACGAGAUAUGAUGUUCUCACCAGGAUUUGAGGGGAACCCCAAUUUCAGCUUCCAGACUCUGAUGAAUGCAGACAGUAUCUACAUGGUCUCACACUACACCCUUCUCCUCAACCUGAAGUUAUCCAACUCUGACUACUACAGGAAGAAACCUGCCCAAGCACCUGUGUUGCUGAAGGAGUUUAUGAAGCAGGUUCAGGCCAGUGGAGUAUUGAUGGUGUUCUCUCAGGCAUGGGUUGAGGAGCUCUACCAUCAGGUACUGGAAAGGAACAUCCUAGGAGAGGCUGGUUACUGGGGAAACCCUGAGGAGCACCGUCUUCCGCUCAUCACCAUGUUGACUGACAUUGAUGGCUUGGGGAGCAGUGCAAUAGGUGGGCAGCUGAUGGCAUCUGCAUCAACACAAUCUCCUCUCUCCCAGAACCAGAAGACCGAUGAUUCUGUUGUGGCAGGUGUUGCUUUUGCCCGAUACCUUCUGAUCGGUUGCUGGAAGAAUUUGAUUGAUACCUUAUCCACACCUUUGACUGGUCGAAUGGCAGGAAGCUCCAAAGGGUUAGCAUUCAUCCUGGGAGCCGAAGGCGUCAAAGAGCAGAACCAGAAGGAGAAAGAUUCCAUUUGUAUGAGCCUGGAUGGACUGAGGAAGGCAGCCCGGCUGAGCUGUGCUCUAGGGGUUGCUGCUAAUUGUGCAUCUGCCCUUGCCCAAAUGGCUGCUGCCUCCUGUGUUCAAGAAGAGAAGGAGGAAAGAGAAGCCCAAGAGCCCAGUGAUGCUAUAACUCAAGUGAAACAGAAAGUGGAGCAGAAGCUGGAACAGAUUGGGAAAGUGCAGGGAGUCUGCCUGCACCCUGCUCAUGUUUUGUGCAUGGAUGCCAUCCUCAAUGUGGGCCUGGAAAUGGGAAGCCACAAUCAAGACUGUUGGCCGCAUGUGUUCAGGGUGUGUGAAUACAUCAGCACUCUGGAGCACACCCAUUUCAGCGAUGGCGCAUCUCAGCCCCCUCUCACUAUAACCCAAUCGCAGCAGGCCGCAGGAGGGUUGCAGGUGGAUUAUCCGUCUGCAGACUCUCCCCAGGAAUUGACCCCUGAGCAGGAGACCACCCUGAGCAAUAAUCCCGUCAUCCAGCCCAUCUCCAUCCAGGACCUCAUCAAGGAGGGUAGCAAGGGCAGAGCUUUCGACUUUCGCGGCAGCAGCCUGCUAAGUGGGAGCAAUGCUGCCAAGGCUGUCCUUAUCCUCUCCACGCAGGCUGACAGGCUAUUUGAAGAUGCUGCUCACAAGCUAAACCUGAUGGCACUGGGUGGCUUCCUAUACCAGCUCAAAAAAGCUUCUCAGUCCCAGCUCUUCUACUCAGUCACAGAUACAGUUGAUUACUCCUUAACAAUGCCAGGUGAGGUAAAGUCAACCCAGGACAGGAGAAGUGCACUCCAUUUGUUUCGUCUUGGGGAUGCCAUGCUCAGGAUUGUACGGAGUAAAUCCCGCCCAUUGCUCCACCUCAUGCGCUGCUGGAGCCUGGUGGCACCUCAUCUUGUAGAGGCUGCCUGUCAUAAGGAGAGACAUGUUUCUCGGAAGGCUGUCUCCUUCAUCCAUGACAUCCUCACAGAGGUGCUGACAGACUGGAAUGAGCCCCCUCAUUUUCACUUCAGUGAGGCGCUGUUCCGCCCCUUUGAGCGCAUCAUGCAGCUGGAGCUGUGUGAUGAGGAUGUCCAGGACCAGGUGAUCACGUCUAUAGGAGAGCUGGUAGAGGUGUGUUCCAUUCAGAUCCAGUCCGGGUGGAGGCCCUUGUUCAGUGCACUGGAAACAGUACACAGCAGUAGCAAGUCAGAGCUUAAGGAGUACCUUGUUGGAGAGUAUUCUAUGGGGAAAUGCCAGGCUCCAGUUUUUGAUGUUUUUGAAGCAUUUCUCAACACAGACAACAUCCAGGUCUUUGCCAAUGCUGCCACUAGUUACAUUAUGUGCCUUAUGAAGUUUGUCAAAGGACUGGGAGAAGUAGAUUGUAAGGAGAUUGGUGAUUGUGUGUCAGGAUCUAUGUCUACAGACUUGUGCCUUCCCGCUCUUGAUUACCUCAGGAGGUGUUCUCAGUUGCUAGCCAAAAUCUACAAAAUGCCCUUGAAGCCAAUUUUCCACAGUGGCCGGCUGGCCAACUUGCCCCGAAGAGUGCAGGAGCCAUCAGCCAGCAGUGAGGAUGGGACUGAGUGUGUCCUUUCUGACUUUGAGGAUGACUCUGGCCUUAUCAAUGUCUGGAUCAUUCUGCUGGAAGAAUUAACUACCGCCAUAUCCAACUGUCCCCGCCAGCACCAGCCACCCACCCUGGAUUUACUCUUUGAGCUGCUGAGAGAUGUUGCCAAAAUUCCUGGCCCAGGAUUUGGCAUUUAUGCAGUUGUACAUCUUCUACUCCCCACAAUGUCCCUCUGGCUCCAUCGUAGCCAUGGUGACCAUUCUUACUGGGAUGCGGCAUCUGCUAAUUUCAAGCAUGCCAUUGGCCUUUCCUGUGAACUGGUAGUGGAGCACGUUCAAAGUUUCAUACAUUCAGACAUUGGCUACGAGAAUAUGAUUAAUACAAUGCUAAAAGAUCUCUUCAAGUUGUUGGUAGCCUGUGUGGCGGAGCCUACAGAAACGAUCUCCAGAGUUGGCUGCUCAUGUAUCAGGUAUGUCCUGGUGACAGCAGGGCCCGUUUUUACUGAAGAGAUGUGGAGGCUUGCAUGCUGUGCAUUACAGGACGCGUUCUCUGCAACUCUUGAGCCAGUAAAGAACCUAUUGGGCUAUUUCCACAGUGGUUCUGAAAGCUUUAGUGGUGAUGCCUGUGAAGUGAAGGUGGCGGCCCCGUCUCUCUCUCCCAGUGCUGAAGCUGAGUACUGGAGAAUCCGAGCCAUGGCACAACAGGUUUUCAUGUUAGACACCCAGUGCUCACCAAAGACCCCCAACAACAAGGAGGGAUUUGAACAUGCUCAAUCCUGUGUGCUGAUCAUUGAGCUGCCUGCUGACAAGAAACACAAUGGGCACACCCAGAAAAGUAUCCCUUUCAGGACAAUAGUGGUGAGUCUGUUGUCUCAUCAAGUGCUUCUCCAGAAUUUAUAUGAUAUCCUGCUAGAAGAGUUUGUGAAGGGCCCCUCUCACAUGGAAGAGAAGACAGUACAAGUGCCAGAAACCAAACUGGCUGGUUUCCUCAGGUACAUUUCCAUGCAGAAUUUGGCUGUCAUCUUUGACUUACUGCUGGAUUCUUAUCGGACAGCCAGAGAGUUUGACACCAGGCCUGGGUUGAAGUGCUUGCUGAAAAAAGUGUCUGGCAUUAGUGGAGCUGCCAACUUGUACCGCCAGUCGGCAAUGAGCUUCAACAUUUACUUCCAUGCCUUGGUCUGUGCUAUACUGACAAACCAGGAGAACAUCACCGCAGAGCAGGUGAAGAAGAUCCUAUUUGAGGAUGAUGAAAGAAGCACAGACUCCUCCCAGCAGUGCUCUUCAGAAGAUGAAGACAUUUUUGAAGAAACUGCCCAAGUCAGUCCCCCCAGGGGGAAGGAGAAGAGACAGUGGAGGGCUAGAAUACCAUCUCUGAGUGUUCAGCCAGUGAGCAAUGCAGACUGGGCUUGGUUAAUCAAAAGGCUUCACAAGCUAUGCAUGGAACUCUGUAACAACUAUAUCCAAAUGCAUCUGGAUUUGGAGAAUAAUGUGGAGGAACCUCCAGUUUUCAAAGGCGACCCUUUUUUCAUCCUACCAUCCUUUCAAUCUGAAACCUCCACCCCGUCAACCGGAGGGCAGUCUGGAAAAGAUACACCAUCAGAAGAUGACAGAAGUCAAAGUAGGGAUCACUUGACAGACAAUCUAACUCCCAAGGGAGGCAGUGGAGAAAUGCUGCUUCUACCACCAUUGAGCCCUAAAAUGGAGAAAAAGGACCAAGCCAGGAAAAAAGAAUGGUGGGAGAGCGCUGGCAACAAAAUCUACACCAUAGCCACUGAUAAAACUAUCUCCAAACUCAUGACUGAGUAUAAGAAAAGGAAGCAGCAACAAAACUUGACCUCUUUCACCAAAGAUGUCAAAGUGGAAAAGAAGGGAGAGUUGUUGGGCUCAAGAGGGCAGGAUUCACCACUCCCCCAGCGACCGCAACAUCUGGUGGACCAGGGCCAAAUGAGGCAUUCCUUCAGUGCUGGCCCAGAGAUCUUGAGGCAAGAGAAGAGGCCGCGCUCAGGAUCUACAGUCAGCUCCCUGAAUAUAUCUGUGCGAGAUGCAGAGGCACAAAUACAGGCAUGGACCAACAUGGUGCUGACAGUUCUGAACCAGAUUCAGACCCUGCCUGACCAAACAUUCACAGCCCUCCAGCCAGCUGUGUUCCCCUGCAUCAGUCAGCUGACUUGUCACGUGACCGAUAUCCGUGUCCGUCAGGCUGUGAGAGAAUGGCUGGGAAGAGUGGGAAGGAUCUAUGAAAUCAUUGUAUAAAGGAGACAUGUUUCAUUAGCAAGGGGAGAAGGAAUCCAAGGUUUUUACAGGUAUACAAACAGAAUGCCGUUACUGAAAGUAACUGGUACGGAGCUACACAUGCAAUGUCUAUUCAUGGUGAUAAAUUCUGAAACAGCAAGCCCUCCAACAUGUCCUUUACCUACUUAAGAUUGUGUGUUUGUCAUUCUCACCCCAACAAAGGAAGCGCUACACUUCACAUUAAGUAGCAUGACAUAACACCAAGUGAUGAAUCUGAAAAUUGCUGGUAAAUCAGGCUGGUACAUAAAGGCUCAGUAAAUUUCAUAGAUUGUGUAUGAAUGUGUUUCUGCAGUGAGGAAAGGAGAAGAAAUAGUCAAAAUCUCCCUGGAUGCAGUUGGGAUGAAAGCAUCUGUGUUCACCUAAUAUGGGUCUCUGAUACCUGUAAUUCCCAAGAUUUAGGACCAGAAUUAUCAGCCUGGCCUUACCUGGCCUCCAUUUUUUGAACAUGUAAUAUUGUGGGCCCCACUAAUUGAAAGUUCAGCGGAUUCACUAAUUGGUCUCACUUAGAUGUUUAAGUACAGGAGUUGAUUGUGCUUCAAAACACAACUGGAUCACCUCAUUCACACACCUAGAUAACUGAAUAAUUGUGAGGAAAAAGCUGAGGGCACAACAAGUGAAGGCAGUGGGGAGGGGUUGUUUGUUUGUGGUACUCUUUUAAAUUUUCCACAUGAAACUAAAACGCAUCUGGGAAAAAAGUCACUAUAAAGAUUAUUGCAUAUCCAAAAAAAAUUAUUAUUGAUCUCACUGCUUAGUAGUCAUUAAAAUUUACAUUCUAGGCGGAGGCUUUAAGCCCAGGGUAUUGUGUGGCUGGGUAGGAGAGGCCUCUGUAACAUAGCAUGGGGGUAGUGGGUCCUUUUUGCUGCUAACAUAUGGGGCAUGGCUUGAAGAAAGGUGGAAUUUCCAGGGCUCUUCUUUAUCCCACUAUCAGCCACAUAUACAACAAAACCCUCUCUGCUAAUCCAUAUUGCAGAUACUAUUACAUUCAUUCCACAGGCAUAACUCCCACCGAGGUCACAGUGGCAGUUCUUCUGUGAAGCUAGUGAUGAAUAUGCACUAGUGAGCUAAAUUGCAGCCUGGCCAAGAGAAUUGUGGCAAACACCUAGCAUUUAACCAAACAUGAUGGAAAUAUACUAUACAGCCGAGUCCUAUACAUAGAAUUGGCUUAUAUGUUUCCAUAGGAGAAGGUAUUCUCAUGUGUACAGCCAGUCUGCUGUAGCUCUAAAGAUCCCCACUAUUUGCAGCUAUAUUUACCCCCACUGCCAGUACCACUUCAUAUGAGUCAAACUGGACAAGAUCUGGCAGUGCAACUCUUCAGUUGGCCAGAGGAGGCCUGUGGUAGAGUAAGUUCCCUGCUCCCUCAUGCUCCCAGCUUGUGCAGAGUUGACCAGUGCAGUGUCUGUGCGUGUAUGGGUGUAAAACAAAAUCUUCACGUCAAAAGAUGAACCUCAGCCACGAAGAACAUGCUCAUUCUGCAAGGAACUCCAUGUGAGUGGAACGCCUUUUAAAUCUGUGGAAUACCAUGUGAGUGCAGGGUUUCUCCUGUGCUGAUCUCCUUGCAGGAUUGGGGCCUAAGUUUCUGAUAGAAUCUCAGUGCUUUGGGAUGCUCGGGGGAGGAAAAAAGACUUAAAGCAGCCAUGAUAUUUCCAGUAAUUGUGAAUUGCUGGCUGAUGAAUAAGCACGGUAGGUGUAAUGGAGGGUCAUCUCUGGUUGUGGAAUCUUAACACAGUCCCUCUGACAGAUGGACAAUGUCUACCUGGUGCUCCCUUAAUAAGUAGCCCCUGGGUUGAUCAUACUUUUGGUUGUUCCUCUAUUGUAUUUAUAGAGAUUUUAACAAUUUUACAUAUAGACUUAAAUGCACCUCUGUACCUUAAGCCUCUCUGGGUAUGUCUAUACAACCUAUGGCAGCAAGUCUCAGCCUGGUUUGACACUCAGGCUUAUGCUAUUCUGUGAAAAACCACCAUGUAGACAUUGUGGCUCAGGCUUUGAACCUCACUCCCCUCUUUAGGCUUCAGUGUCCAAGCAGCUACAUGUCAAUUUUAGUGCCGUAGCACAAGCCGGGCAGUUUAGCUUUCUAGUGCAUAUUUGCUGUGUAGCAUCUUUUGCCACAAGUUUUUCACCCAUUCACACCAGACCUCAAAUGGGCCCAUAUAUACAUUGUAUUGAGGGUUGCCAACCCUCUGGGAUCCUCCCAGAAUCUGCAUCAAUCUCCCAGUGACUAUUGAAAGCAAUCCAGGAGAUUUUAAUAGGCUAUUUUAAGAAAAUGACAUUACAUCAUGGUGGGGGGGGAAAUCUCCCAGAAUAGCUUCAGGCAGAGUUGGCAACCCUAGUUGUAUUGCUUAAAUGUGCAUUUUCAACAGCUGGCUAAAAGGCACAUCUGCCUAACUGCCAAAAGAAGUCAGUUGGGUUUAGCUGAUCUGUGUUUCACAGUUUGUGCACGCGCCUUUACCCAGCAUGCUACAGUCAAGUUAAUACAGUCUGUGGUGUCAGUUCCCACGUACCCGGCUGGAGCAUGUGGGUUUUUUCUUUUCCUUCCUCUGACAGCACACUGAGAAAUUAAGGCCAAAAUCUAUGAUGAAGUUAAAUCUGAGAUCUGAAAUUAACAGAAGAAAAGAACUUAAAAUCAGCCCUGUAAGAAUUGCAGCGUGUUCUGUACAACUUGACUCCUAACGGCAGCUGAGUCUACCCCAUCCCCCUGCCCUGUUCCAACCUGGCUGCAAUAUGUGGGCACAGUGGCAGCAUCCAUAUGGAUGCCAACCUUAGGGCAAUAGUCUUUCCUCUGAACUAGUUUCUGUGCAUUGCUCAGGCAGCACGAAGGAGGCAGAACGGGGCCAGGGCUUGCUAGCUGCGCAUUCCCUGACAGAGGAGCACUAAGCUUGCAUGCAAUGAGACCAAUUGAUUUCUGCUCCAGCCACCCUCCCACCCCCAUAUUGGGGUUAUUUUGGAGGGAUGGAGCAGAGUUAUCUGCUGGCAUGUAGUUCCCCAGCAGCAGCUCGCCUCACACUGGGGCAGAUGGGCACACAGAGGGAGCCGUAACUGGCUCCCUCACUCCCACCAUCACCAUGACUACAGUGGGACAGGAAAUGGUUUGCCCACCUCAUGAGAAUUUGAGCUUUUUUUUUAAAAAAAAAAAAAAAAAAAAAAAGUCUAAAUCUCAAAACUUUUCAUUAACCAAAAAAUUGACCCAUUUUUGCUUUUACUUCAACUUGGUUCUGUGAUUGGUUGGUUUGUGCUAUAAUUUAACUUGAAUUUUAAAACAAAGUCAUUCUGACCUGAAAAAUUGAACUUUCUUUUAAAAGACUUAAAGGACGGGGGGGGAGAACAUUUUGACACACAGUUAUUUUGAGGCCAAAAGUGUUUGUGGGAGUCUCCAUGAAUGGGCAUUUUGGGUAUGAAAAGUUUUUAAUUGAAAAGUUCCUGACCAUCUCUCACCGCCACCCACCUGCACAGAGUUCGGCUCAUCGUAAGAGCAUGAGAGAGACUAGUCCUUCAUGUAACUCCUGCAGCUAAUUGGCUACAUCACUGCUUUUUAAAGUUUGGGGGGGGGGGUGUUUUUUUUUAAGGCAACAACAUAAAGUGCCCACUCUCCCCACCAGUGCCUAAGGUUUUAAGAGGACAUUAACAAAUGUGUGUACAAUAUUGCUGGCAUUUAAUAAAAAAAAUUAGGGAUUUUUUUUUCUUGCAAAUAAUGUUGUAAGUGUAAAAGGGGUAUGUCUGGUCCACUACGGCAGGUCUUUAAAACAGCUCCAGUCUAACUGCCUCACUUUGCCAUUGGUGAUGUUUUAACAUUUUAUGUAAACAGCAAAACAACCACAACCAUGAUAAUUUAAUGAAUAAUUUGUGUAGAAAGCUUGAUGAGACAUAAUGAUCUCCAGGGAAAAGCAAACUCAGAAUCAUCACCAUUCAAUUAUGCUUAGGCCCAGUUAGGUUUAUAGAGAGAAGAAAGGGCCCCCUGACUGUAGCCCCUCUGGGAACCUCUCAAACCAUUGUAGAAGUGAUGUGACAGCUCUCCCCCAUCCUCCUCCCAGCCCUCCAGUGUGGGGGGCAGGAUCAGGGACACGUCUGGAUAGCACAGUGCUAUGGCCACUUUCUGUUUCCCAGGGCCUGAUGGAAGAGAGUGUAAGUUAGAGAGCACUGUUGAGAAUCUUUUUAUUCCAGGGGUUCAGUAUGCUGCUGCAAAACCCCAAACUAUGGGGAGUAUAAGCUACCAUUGCCCUCCCCACCCCAUCCAAGUAACAGAGGGCUUUUCCACAGGGCAAGUUAGUGCACAGAAAGCCAGGGGGUGAAUCUACAACACACACCAGCUUGCUACGCUGCCUGUGUUUUUCCUAUCUGCUUGCAAACCAGGGUGUGAUGCUACAGCCCUCCCUGCUUGCAAUAACUUGUCUUGCUAUUUAAUCAUAAAAGGUGGGUGAGGUAAUAGCUUUUAUAAAUAUAAAAAGACAAGAUACUACCUCACCCACAUUGUGUAUCCAGUGUCCUGGGCACAACACAGCUACAACACUACACACAACAAUGUGAUUAAAUAGUCUGUCCUGAAUCAUGGGCCUUUUGUUCCAAAAAUUAAAGCAAAGGGACAUCAGAAGCUUUAAACACAUGCUUGAGCUGAUUUUUUUUUUAAUCUAGUAUUGGUAAAAGUAACAGCUACUGUAGUAAUUGAAAGAUUAGAGAGAAAAAGAUUAGAGAGAAAAAUGAUUGCUUGAGACUGCAUUUGAUAGCACUUUAUGUAUAACUGUUUCGCCUCUUGUUGGUGUAGCUCUUUCACAAAGUAACAGGAGAAUAAAACAUUUGAAAAAUAGUAAAAUGUGACUAAAACUUCAACAGUUGGCUGAUGGAAUCUGAGGCAGUUGUAGUACUAGAAACUACUUUAACGCUUUUUAAAAAACUGACUAGAUUUUAAGGUGGUGAAAGCUUAAAGAAACUCUUGUGGAAAAUGCAAGGUCACAGCUUUAGGAAAAGAACUGUAUAUUAAGUAGGUAGUAGUGGUAUAAAACAGGAUGCUCUGAUGAAGUGAGCUGUAGUUCACGAAAGCUCAUGCUCAAAUAAAUGUGUUAGUCUCUAAGGUGCCACAAGUCCUCCUUUUCUUUUUGCGAAUACAGACUAACACGGCUGCUACUCUGAAACCUGUUACUAGUGAGUUCAUAGAGCAGACACUGUUGGAUUUCCACUUAAGAAAUACAAUAUCCUCUUUCGUACACAAGAGUCCCACAGAAAUCAUUAAAGGACAUUUCAAGCCCUGCUAGGAUAAUAGCGUGAGGUGAUGGGAACAUAUCACUAGUUUAAUUGGAAAAUUCUAAACAGCCUUUAAAGGCAGCCUGGUUUACAAUGCAUUACAGACAGACAAUUCUUCCUAGCUCUGGGUUAAAAACUGGAUUCUUCACCUGACUUGCUUCUGUGUUUCUUAUUUCCAUUUUGUGUGUCACACGUUUGUGUGUGUUUGUUUUUAAUUGGAAAGACAACAAUGAAUGUACAAGUUCUGCCAGCUUCUGCACCCUUGUAAAUAAUCUGUAGUAAAUUUUAAAAUGUUUUCUCCAUCGUUUUGUCAGUGAAAGAAACUGCUCCUGUGCUCUCAUCAGACGCCAUAACUCCAUUUUGUUCCUUUUUUCCUGUUUUGAAGGUGAUUUUUAAUUUAAAUAUGCAGUGUUUUUAUAAGGCCAUCCUGUCAAGGUGGAGCUUUUAAGAGAAUGUUUUUCAAGUGUUGCAUGGCAGUCAUGGGUAUUGUUUGUUAAUGAGAUCUUAAUUGUGGAACUCCCUCUUGUCAUGUUUAAAAUGUACCCCUCCACAGAUUUUCUGCCCCUUCAACAAAACAAAUUUGAGAUUCCAAAUUUAGCUUUGGUGAUUAACUUUGAAACUCAUGGGCUGUACACAGGGAUCCAAACUGAACAAAAAUAUCCUACACUGGAGAACUGUACCACUGCCACCUGUCCUGGGGCCGUGCCUCCACCAGAGUUAACCUGUUUCAGAUGCAGUACGUCCACACUGUGCUUGUCAGUCACUGUACCACUGCAUUGUGAGUGCUCUUCUGAUAAAACUAGGCACAGCUCCUGGAGGGUCCACGAGAUAGGGACUCUAAGGAGAUGUGGCCGUUUAUGCACACCUCCUUAAGCGUGCAGGAGAGAAAUCUGGUACUGUGCCCUUCUUGAGAUCACAGAAUCAUAGAAUAUCAGGGUUGGAAGGGACCCCAGAAGGUCAUCUAGUCCAACCCCCUGCUCGAAGCAGGACCAAGUCCCAGUUAAAUCAUCCCAUUUGUAUCUCCUUAAGGCAUUUAGGACUCAAUCCUGCACUAUUGAAAUCUGAAGAUCAGACCCUUAUCCUGCUUACCUUUUCAGAUUCUUAGGAGAUUGCAAAGCCUCUCAAAAACCUCUGGAUGUAUACAGGCCCUCAUUCUAGUGCAUCUCCUGAGAUACUCAUGCACCCCUGCAAACAAAAACCUCCAGGUUUAGGACAGCUCUAAUUUUAUGGCCUGAUCGUAUAAGCCUAAGUCAUAACUAUCCUGCCCCUGUGUUCUGAGUAAAACAGAGAAAUGUUAACAUUCCCAUGACCUUGAAGAAUUACAGAUAUCUAAAAUGUGUGCUAAUGACUUGUUUGGGAGGUACCAUUACUCGGUCUGGAAUUUUUCUAUAUAAUUUCAUUCCUCCCCUUGCCCAUACUGUUGAGUGUGUGAGAGAAUGAAUCUACUCUUGAGUAGCCCAUUUGAAUGUUCUGUUCGGUAAAAUCAUUUAGGCGAGGCAAUACAUGUGUUGCUAACUAGUCACAUACCAUAAUGCGAUGGUUCUGGUUUUGCUCAUUUGAAAUGUGAGGGUUCCCCCACUCCCACCCCAGUUUUCAGAAACUCUUUGGAUUUUAAAGGAAUGAGUACUGGCACUCAUUUUUUUACUAAUAAAUGCAAAAGAGAACAUAGCAUACAAACAAAAUGUUUUAUUUUGUGUAAUAUAAAUAAUAGCACCAGGCUGCAAAGGAUCCAUUCUUUUCCACAUCCCCUGCAUUCCUUACAGCUCAUGAGGCUACAGCAUGGGAUUAUUUUGGCAACACACCAGCACAACCCCACUGUAUUUCAUAUGUGCACUGACCAGAUCACCAUCUCCCCCUCCUGCGCUCCCUCCAAUUCAGUUUAAUUAACGCCUCAACUUGAAACACGCACUCCCCCAGGGUCAUUCCUCAGCACAGUCAGUGUCCUAAUUUACCAGACAAACAGGCAGGAGCUUUGGCCAUAAAAAUACAAAUAAAGGAGUGCUACAAAGUUCUGCUUCUGUAAUGUCUGCACGUAAAAUAAUUAAAAUUUAUAUUUAGAGGCUCAGGCUAAAAGUUUUAGGGGGAAAAAAAUCGACAUCUUUUUGGAAGGCUGCGGUAUUGCACUGGCAUAAAACUGAAGUAAAUCAAGAGUGAACCAGGGCAUGGGAUCAUACCUCUAGACUGCCCUUUAUUUUAGACCCAAUUUUGCUAUUUAGUGUUCUCUGUGUAAAGAAUUGAGCAUCAGAACCACUGAGUCAGGUAACAAUUUUAGAGACUGGGAUAAGUUUCUUUAGCAAAAAUAGCAUCAUCCUAGGAAAGUUCUUGCCCUCUGACUUCCUAUUCCCAUAUUUCCUCUCCCUGUCCCAAAUUUGGGCUAAGCUAAAGUGAGAGUUAGAGGAACUACCACAAUUCAACAAGAAGCGACUGAAAUGAAUGACAGCUGUGCUGGUAGGAUGGUGCAGGCGAUUAGCUUUGAGCAGCGAAUGAACCCAAAUGGCUAGGACCGGUCCGAGCUUAGAUGUGCGGCAAACACACCAUUCUACACAGAGAGAGAAGAUGAGAAGGCCAUAGUGAAGGCUGCUGCUGUCGCUGUUACUGCAAGACCAUGUACUGUACAAUGAGGCUUGCAGUGGGGGGUUUUCACAACAGAUUGCUUCAUGGGCCUUGGGAUCUGUGGCAAGUGUCUUCUUGCAGUUCCCCUAAUUGUGUUUGUUUGCAACAUAUAAUGCUAUAACAAACUAAACCCUUUUCCCCCUCCUACAAGGAAUUGAAAAUAAAGCCAAAAGGGAGUUGACACUCCACUUGCCCUCUUAAAAUUAUGCCAAAGAUCUAACUCUUUCCUGUUUGAAAGUGACCAUGUGAUUUAACUACAAUAUUCCCACAGUGAUGACUGCCCUAACAAGCUUCUUACUCACAAAAACCACUAAUCCCAGGACUUUACCUUCAUGGUCAUAUGUUAAAUGAGGAGCCUCUGAUAAUUUUCUAGUGACUUGAACUGGCCUUGUCAAGUUAAUUCAUUUGGUUUACAUUCUAUACAGGUCACACAUAGUUAUCUACACCCUGAUCCUCAAAGGUCAUUAGACAUUGACAUUAGGUACCUAAAUACCCUAAUGCUCAUCUAGCUGGGAUUCAGAGAUAUUUUAUCUCCUAUCUUUCUUUGGGCCCUUUAGACAAGAAACACUGCCUCAUACCUGCUGUGCUCUUUUGUGCCGCCGCGUUUGUUUGGUUAUUGUGUGUCCAUUGCCCAACAGGUCACUGUAAGCUGGCUUGCAAAAUGUAUUUUGUGUAUAUUUUAUUCAAACUGAAUUCAGAAAGGAAAAUAUUUUAAAA